CAUUGGAAAGUGACUCUCGGUUUGCAUGAUCCGAUCUCGCGGAUACUUCGGCGUCAGUGUUGUGAUACUCGCGUACCGUGGCAGUCCGUCGCGGAAUACCGGCGUCUUUUUUUUUUUUUGUUUAAAUGAUUCUGUGUUGUGGAAUUAACGAUAACGCUUCACUAAGAUCGCAAAUCCAUGAACGAUGGCCCCCAAAAACAUGGAGGCCAAAAAUUUUACCGGUCGCGAUCUGCACUUUAUGAGAGACGUUGCUAAUAAUCCUGACAAUCAGGAUUGUAAUUGCAAGAAGCUACAGGAUGUGUAUCCCGUGAAACAGGUCAACGGUCGUCCUACUUACGGCCGCUCCUUGUCACUUUUCGAUCUCAGGAGCAAAAAGAAAGAGGAGACGGAAGUGAAGGAUUCGGAGAAGAUGAAGAGAACCACCCUCGGCUCCGCCACAGUGAUGGAGAUGGUUGCGAAAGAAAAGCACAAACCUGUGUAUUCCAAGCUGGUGCAGUGCUGGAGGAAGUUGAAGAAGACAGUGAAACACCAUAAUAGUAGUAAAAGUGGCUACAUAGGCAAGGACGGGAGCAAAGUGACCACGGUAGUAGCUACACCUGGACAGGGUCCGGACAGACCGCAAGAGGUUUCCUACACUGACACCAAAGUCAUCGGUAAUGGUAGCUUCGGUGUCGUCUACCAGGCCAAAUUAUGCGAGACUUCUGAAUUGGUAGCAAUCAAAAAAGUCCUUCAGGAUAAGAGGUUUAAGAAUCGAGAACUUCAAAUCAUGAGGAAGUUAGAACAUUGUAAUAUAGUAAAACUUAAAUAUUUCUUUUACUCCAGUGGAGAUAAGCAGGCAGAGGUUCCCUGCGAUAUGUCCAUAUUCAUGGCUACAAGUACAAGCUUGCAGAAGGAUGAGGUGUACCUGAAUUUGGUGUUGGAAUACAUCCCUGAAACAGUAUAUAAGGUAGCAAGGCACUAUAGCAAGUCAAAACAAACUAUACCUAUCAGCUUUAUAAAGUUAUAUAUGUACCAACUAUUCAGGUCACUAGCAUACAUUCACUCAUUAGGCAUAUGUCACCGAGACAUAAAACCGCAGAACCUGCUUUUAGACCCUGACACGGGUGUGCUUAAGUUAUGUGACUUUGGUAGUGCGAAGCACCUAGUAAAGGGAGAGCCCAACGUGUCGUAUAUAUGCAGUCGCUACUACAGAGCCCCAGAGCUCAUAUUUGGAGCAAUCGAUUAUACCACUAAGAUCGACGUAUGGAGUGCAGGCUGUGUGCUGGCCGAGCUGCUGCUGGGCCAGCCAAUCUUCCCCGGGGACUCUGGGGUAGAUCAACUAGUUGAAAUUAUCAAGGUACUGGGCACGCCUACCAAGGAGCAGAUCAAGGAGAUGAACCCUAACUACACCGAAUUCAAAUUUCCCCAAAUCAAAUCGCAUCCAUGGCAACAGUGUUCAAUGCAGGCGUGUGCUCUGUUGCAGGUGUUCCGGGCGAGAACGCCACCCGAGGCAAUCGAGCUGGUGGCCCGACUACUGGAGUACACUCCGUCGUCACGGAUCAGCCCCUUGCAGGCUUGUGCACACCCAUUCUUCAACGAGUUGAGGGAGCCCAACACCCGCCUACCCAAUGGAAAUGAAUUACCACCUUUAUUUAAUUUCACAGAACACGAAUUAAGUAUCCAGCCCUCUCUAAACAGCGUACUGUUGCCCCGAGGUGUCCAGGAAGCCAGCAGCAGCCCCCCAGAUGGAGCUACAUCUUCGGGUACGGCAGAGCCGAGCGAUGCGACGUCAACCCCUCUGCAAGCAGCCGCCUCUGGCAUCGCUUAGUUAGUUAAUCCCCCUCCUGGUCGGCCAGUCGGUCGUGUCAGCGCCUCGACCUGACUCCCCCAAUAUAUUUAGUAAGCGAUUUUGUGUGAGAGAGGACAGCUGUACUAUAGAUUAUUAAUAAUAUACGUGCGUUGUACAGAACUUGAUUAAUUGUUUGUAGAAGGCAUUUUGUAUGUUAAUGCCCCUUGUUUUUAUUACGUUAAUUUUUACCAUGCCAAUGUCGGAGGUUCUUAUGUAAUCAGCAAAAAAGUAAACGAUAUAUACAUAUAUUGAAAAAUCUGGUGGCUAGGAGAUUUUAUAUCAGGUUGCAGCAUGUGUAUAUAUUUUUUUUUGUUUAAGUAGCUGAACGGACUUUGUAUAUUUGGAAUUUUACUAUUACAUUUUAUUUGUAAAAUGUAUUUUUAUUAGUAAUUUGUUAUUAUAUCGAUCCUAAUAAUUAUAAUUUUAUUUAUAUCCUAUUCACCCCUGUAAUUUGUGUAUUAAACCAGGUUUUUCAAUAAAAUAGUUAUAAUUAUAUUGUUAGUCUCGAUAUAAAAGUCCUAGAAUUUUAACAGGAAAAUUAUAAGUUAUUUAAAAUAGAUCUUUUAUUAUCCAUUUUCACUGUUGUAUGUUAUAAGUGAUUUUUAACAUAAUUUAUUUUGGUGUUAAUUUAGGAUUACUCGUUUUGGUAUGUAAGUUGAUACUUGUGUAAUAUGACCUAGGGGUCGGGCGCACGUUCAAAUAAUACGUUACAAGUGCCGUCGCCGCAAGUGGCUCCGCUUAAAAAAUUUAUUCAAUUCGCCUCAGCCUUACAAAAACCUUUUACAUCUAGAAAUUAUUUCAUCUCAAUUAUGCGAAUUAGGUUUAAUGAUACCGAGACCUCGGAAAUGGAAAAAAAAUUAAAAAAUUCUACAGUGUUGACUAGAUUUUGAGACUACCGAAUGCAAUUUUAAAUUUGUUGAUAAUUUUAAAGGUACCUUGCCUAGACUUUUUCCAAAUGCUUAAAUUUGUCGAUAAUUUUGUGGAUUGUGACAAUUUAUAAACGGAAUUUAUACAGGGUGUCACGCUUAAAUGUGAUACAAGCCUGUAACUUCUUUACUUUUUGGCCGAUUUCAAAAUUUUUAUAUGGGAAUGUAGGGUAAAAAACUAUUUAACUGUGAUACUGCUGUGUUUAUUAAUGCAAUUCACGGCCUACUAGGACGCGUUUUCUUGACAACAAAACAGUUAAUUGGUACUAGCGAUUUUUUUUCUAAAAAGCAGAUUACGUAUUCUCAUUCAGCAUCCCUUAAAACGUCCUACCAUCAAGUUUCAUCAAAAUCGAUACAUCUUCAGGCUAGCACUCCAUGAUGUCGUGGAAUGUAAUACAAGCCUGUAACUUCUUUAUUUUUUGGCCGAUCGAAUUUGAUGAAACUUGGUGAUAAGAUGUUUUAAGGGAUGCUGAACGAGAAUACGUAAUCUGUGUUUUGGAAAAAAUAUUGCUAAUACCAAUUAGUUGUUUUGUCAAAAACAACACGUGCUAGUUGGCCUUGUAUUGCUUCCAUAAAAACAGCAGCAUUUCAGUUCAGUUUUUUUAUCCUACAUUCUAAAAAAAAUCGGCCAAAAAAUAAAAAAGCUGCAGGUUUGUAUUUCUUUUAAGUGCGACACCCUGUAUAGUGAUUAAUCUACCUCUCAUACAAAAACCUGAAGCUCGAGUAGCUCUCGACAGUCCUAAGUUGAAAUUUGCUUCUAAUUGGUAAUAAAUAUUUACAACAAAUUACUAGGUGUCCAGGAAUGAAUUUCCCUUUUAAAAGGCUAAUAAAAAAUUGUCUUGAAGUUUUAAAAUUUAUUGAUGCAAAAAUACACACAAUAUAGGCGGAUUUUAUGUUUUAAAAAUUAUACUGACCAGGUGUCUUCCAUUUCGGUCAAAACACUCUUACAGUACCGUCUUCAUGUGGUUAAAAACUGCUAAACAUAUUGCAGAUAGAAUUCCAUUUAUUUCUUCCCGUAUUUCUGGUUUUAAUGCUUCCAAAGUCCUAGAGUCUAUUAACAUAAACUUAACUUUUGAGAUAUCCCCACAAAAAAGAAGUCCAGUGGGGUGAGAUCGGGAGACCUCGCUGGCCAGUGUAGAUCUCCAAAGCGAGAGAUGACCUUUUCCAGGAAUAAUUCUCGAACGACUUCCAUAGACGCCCAGGCUGUAUGUGCGGAAGUCUAUCUUGCUGAAACCAUGUAUCCUGAUUAAAGCCAUCAAAUUCUUCCAGCUGAGGUACCAAAAACGUCCGAAGCAUCGCACAAUAACGAUCACUAUUUACAGUCUGGGCUACGCCGGGUCGAUUCUCAAAAUACGGGCCAAUAAUUUUUGAAGCCGACAUAGCACACCACAUAGUUACCUUUGGACUAUAUAAGGGAGUUUCGUGUUUUUUCUUUGAAUUUUCCGGUGCCCAAUAGCGACAAUUUUGUUUAUUAACUGCACCUGAAAGGUGAAAGUGCGCUUCAUCACUGAACAGAAUGUUGUUAAUUUGGUCUUUUGCAAAAAAAUGGUUCGGCGAAAGAACGAUGGUUUCUAAAGUCUUUUAGGUUUAAUUCUUGCACUAUUUGAAUCUUGUAGGGAUAAAACUUCAAAUCUCCUUAAAAUUGUGUGGAAAGAUGAUUAGCACAUUCUAAUCACUUCUGAUGUUUUACGAAUUUAUCCGUUUGGAUUUCUAAGUAUCACAGCACAUACAGUUUCAACAUUCUCAGGAGCAGUUACAGUCCUUGGACGAUCACGAGGUUUCACAUUUAUAUCUGAUGCUGUUUCUCUAAACUUCCUCACCCACGAUUUGACCAAAUUUUUACUUGGUGCGUCCUCCACAAGCCUAAUAUUAAAAUGAGUACAAAGUCUUCGCCAUGCAAUUGUGUAGGAAUCAUUACUCUUGACAUAUGCCUCAAUGAACGCACGAUGCACACCAGCCCAACACUCCAUUGUUGCUAAAUAAUGCGCAUCGAGCCACUAUCAAACGAUGCUAACUUGACCUCGUUACGUUACACUGUUGCCAAGUUAUUCGAGUUUAAAAAGGGAAAUCCAUUCCUGGACACCCAGUAUAUCGGGUUUUCUCAAAGAUGAGUAAUUUAUUUUAAAAGCUGGUAGAACUCGUAAAAUAAACGUCGAUUUACCAAGAAUGGUUUAUAUAAAAGUUGCCAAAUAAAGCAAUUAUUUUAAAAAAUUGAAAUUUAAGAACUUCAUAAUACAAACCUGAUAUGUUGUCAUUUACGACCGCUGCAUUGUAAAAACAUAAAUGGUAAACAAAUGGUAACAAUUUUGAACAAUUUUUGUAGAACAGAAUUUUUAUAACUCUU